AGUAAAAAAGAAAAACAAACUACGUCAGGUUUGUAAAUAAAGGAAAAUGAGCUAGGUCUUAUUGCAAUGUUUACAGUUUAACAUACUCCGAUGUAAUAAUUCAAAAGAUUUUCACGAUUAAUUGCUAAAAUAUGCCUUGGACGUUUCCAUGGACAGAAUUUUUGAAGAAAAGGGCCUGUAGGUACCUUUUACAACACUAUUUGGGACAAUUUUUGAAAGAAAAGUUGUCCCUGGAUCAGCUGAGCGUUGAUCUUUACAACGGAAGAGGUUCAAUCAAAGAUUUGGAGUUAGAUGUCGAGGCUUUGAAUGAUGCUUUGGAAACCAGUAAUGUGCCUCUGGAGAUCAUUGAUGGGUUCAUUAAUCAAAUAUCUGUGUCAGUGCCUUGGACCAACCUCGUCCACAGUAGCACAGAGAUGGAAAUUCAGGGACUGGAGCUCACUAUUCAGCCAAGACAGAGGAAUCAAAAUGUGGGAGGAUUGGAGACCAUGUUUAACAGUAUGUGUAGUAUGACCAACAGUUUACAGAUCGCUGAAGAUUGUCUGAAGAGUACGUCCGAUGGCGACCAGGGUCAGGACCUGGGCACACCAUUUGAGGGUGUACAGAAGUUUGCCCAGACUAUUGACUCUGUUUUAUGCAGAGUAAAGGUGACAUUAGUUGACACAGUUAUUAGAGUGGAACACCUGUCCAACACAACAGAGAAAGGUGUGGCAUUGGAAAUCAAAAUUAAAAGAAUUGAAUAUUUUGAUGACCUAGCAAAAGAAGAGGGUAGCCCUGUAGAUGAUGCAUCAAGAGUGACAUGGGAACCGGCAGCCAUAGCUCACAAAAAUCUCCUGCUUGAUGGCAUUCAGAUUUUAUGUGAUGAGUUUAGCCAUCCCACCAAGCAGACCUCCAGAAUGGAGUCCACCGGGUCCUCACCACAGAUUUUCAUGUCAUCAACUAGCUCCCCACCAUGUUUCCAUGGCAACCAACAGGGGAUGCCACCAGUUACCGAGGUUUUCUCAGACCCAGUACAGAUUGCUGGCUUCACUGGAAGAUCAAGUCUAAAGAUGAAGAUCAAACAGGAGGAUGGAGUGCAGGGACCAAAGGUUGAGAUAGAAUUAGAUGUUGGAGGAGUCCAUCUGCUAUUGAGUCCAAGUCAAUUCCACUCUGUUCUAGAUCUGAUUGAUGGCUUUAUCUCACCAAGCUCCUCUGAUGGAAGAAGAACGCGAACCAGAAGUAAGAGUAAACCAAUGAGUGAGGAUGAUUACAGGAAAGUGGAGACGGAGCUUCAGCGGCAGCUCCACUCAGACAGAAUCCACUCCCACCACACAGACACAGUGAUGACCACAGAUCUCCAUGAUGUCAUGACCCACUCCACAGGGGAGGAACAAUACUUUUCUCUUGCCCCAGAUCAACUGACAGAUAUGGAAUCAUCUAUGAAUAGUAACUUCAGCGUGGCAUCAGGAAGAUCCGGAAGCACUGUUACUACUGUGAGAUCUGGAUUAAAGAAGGAUGCAAGAACAGGUAGAGAUUCUUUACAGCGUUUCUUUGACGAUCCUAUGGCAGAGUUGUGCCGGUAUCAUUUGAGAGCAGUUUUCUUUUCUGUCACUCUCUUGCUUGAAAAUCCUGCCCAGAAAGUGGACCUGUCAGCUAGUGCCAGAGAGCAAGACAAGAGCCAAAUGAAGUCGAUCGCAGCACAGUACUUUCAGAAAAUGCACAUGUUUAGUGCUGCAGGUGGAAAAGAGGUCGGGGAACUACGUGCUGUCUUCUCAGAGGCCCUGCCUCAUGACCAUUUAAGAUUGGUAGGUAAACCAGUGAAUGUUGAGAUUGUAGAGAGAACUGCCAUGACCCAUCAAUGUCUCACUGUGGACCUUACCGCUGGAUUCUUAGAUGUAGUGGAAUGUGUCUUCAAUAGAACUCUUGAAAACAUAAAACCAGACUACACAGAGAUUUUGGUAUUUCCCCAUGAUGCCACAACAAGACCUGGACAGCUGUACAGCAGCAUGCAUUCCGGUGUUCCUGCACUUAAGGCACAUGUCAGAUCAGUGCAGCAGAACUCGAGGUCACAGAGGUCAAAUACUGGACCCAGAACAGAGAUUUCUGUUAAUUUAGCUAGACUAGAGUGUGAAAUAGAUGUGACAAUUAUAGACAGGAUAAACAGCCUGAUAAAACCAGCCUCUCAACGCCCGUACAACACCAACAAUACCACUUCUCAAGGAGUCCCUGUGUACAGUUUCUCACAGACUUUAGAGGAGGAGUCAACUACAGACGAAACCAAAAUAGAGUUGAAUGUGACCUGUCCUAAAGCUAAAUUCACAAUCAGGUUCCCAAUUCCAGACUUGAGGAAUGGGUCAGAGGUCACCAAACUGCCAUGGUGGCAGAAAAACCUGAGGGAUGAGUUACUGAUCCUUGACUUAGAGGAUGCUAGAUUUCAGACAUCUUUCUUUUCCAAUCAGCCAAUCCAGCAGAUUGAGGUUUCUAGCAAAAAUGUGUUGGGAUCCUUCCGCAUUGACCCAAACCAGAGUGCGGUUCCGUUUGCCUUUGUUAGCUGUGAAGGGAGUGAUGGUCAUGAGGGCUUUAACUUCCCACAGAUAAUACUAAACUUCACAGAGCAGACCAUCUCAGAGCUGGAUGAAGACCCUCAAGACUCCGACAACAGCAUUCCAUUUGACUCCCUAAAUGGUGCAUGUGACUUUGCCAAACAAGAUUCUUCACCCUUCUCGACAAAGAAACAUAUGUAUGGAAAGGAAGAGAUGUCGGACCAGGCCACACAACAUGUUAGUGAUGAGAGAGUUAUGCCUGGCAGUAGAGAUGAUAUGGUUGAUUUUCAGGAGAGAGCAUCUGCCAACUGUUUGACUCUGGUGCAGCUGAUUUUACCCCUUGUCAAUCUGUACAUUCCAGACCAAAAGUUUUAUGAAGUUUUGUAUAAUAGAUUAAAUAAUGAUCUGUUGCUAUGGGAACCAAUGGCUCCAGCUCCAAUCCAGACCCAGGAUUUGGGACCUGGAUCUAUACAACCUUUUGACCUUAGUUGUUACACCCAGGUGCUGCAGGAAAACUUCAGCAUGGCUAAGUCAGCUAUACAGUAUGACUCUUCAGAGGAGGAGGAAGACAAUAGCUUUGGUUACUACAGUAUCCACGACAACAAGUAUCCACAUCGCACCAGUGAUCAGAAAUCUCGGCCAAGUAAAGUGUGUCUGUCACUGAAAAUAGACAAGGGGAAAUUUACAGCAUUUACAGGUUCUAAGGCUGAGGAGUCACAUGGAGAAGUUAUGGGUGUUGUUAAAGAUGCCAAUCUGUUUGUUGUUUCCAGUUACCAAGGAAAUCCACUACUUCAGUAUAUUUGUUUUUAUUGUAAUGAAGCCACAUUGUAUCAUAAUGCUGUUGUACCAGAUAUAAAGGAAGAAUUUGAAAUUAAAAACUUGGACUUUGAGGCAAUCCCUGCCCAUAUGGAGAAGAGUUGCAUUAUAUACAAAUCUGAACCCGGAAUUUGGUGCCACCAGACAGGGGAUGUGGAAUCUAAUGCCAAGGACAUGGUUUCUGUGGCAGUUAAAAUCAAACUGGACUCUACACCGCUGAGUGAUUUGACUCGUGAUGAAAAAAUUAAGGAAUUCACAGUAGCAGUUGGAAUAAGAGGAGGAACACUGAGGCACAAAAUGGCUGAUACAGACAUGAGCUGGAUUUCACAGGUGCUGAAGUUCCUAGAUGUGAAGGACUAUGACAUUCUGGGCUACAUGCCCCCCAAAGUACUAACAGAGCUGCAUGUCCAUCUGUGGGAUUGUGCAGUAGACUACAGACCUCUACACCUGCCCAGCAGAGGAGUGCUAGCAGCUAAUUAUUUCAGUAUUUCCAGUAACAUAGUGGCCAACUCACAGAUGUCACUACUGAGGUUUGUAUUAGAAGAUGCUGGAAUGUAUCUGUCCCAGAAGAAAAGACAGGAAUCAGCAGUUAAUCUCAAGAAAGAUUAUGUGUGUGUGUUGGAUGUCGAAAGUUUCGAGCUGGAGUUGAGGACCUGUGAUGAAAAGGACCAGAAGUUUCCGAAGACGGACCUCAGGCUAAGGACAAACAGAAUCAACCUAAGGACUUGCUCUGAUUCCUGCAGGGCGCUGUUUGAACUGAUCCGUUACUUUGCCAAUGAUGGUGACCUGAUUGAGUAUGAAGAAGCAGAGGACAAGCAGCAGAAUCUGGACCUGGAGAUAAUGACACAGGAAGAGUCUGCUGUUGAGCCGGACACCAAGAAGAAAGAUUUAAGUGAGUCCAGGCUGGAGAACCUCUCCUCUCAUUUGGAAGAGGCCAUGCAGGAAUCUGAAUCAGAUAAUGAGGGAAAUGAGAUCUUCAAACAAAGUCCAAACAGAACACAAGUUUUCUUUGUUGUCCCCGGUGAUCAUGGGAAAACAGAGGCGCCCCCUGCUGGAGUGAUGCGACCUAUUGUGAUCACAGCCAAUGCUGACUCUGUGACAAGCAGCGCUGUGUCAGAGAGGACAGAUGUUUUUAGCGAUGAGGAAGACGAGGAGUUCUGUAUCAUUGAUGAUCCCGGGAUGGGCAUUGCACCAAAGGAUGGAAAACCAGAAGUUAAGAUUUUCACAGAUGAGCCAAUAGAGAUCAAGGACAACUACUUCAGUCAACCACAUGGAAAAACAGAUCUUCUGAAAGCGCCUGAGAACUUCCCCACUGCUGAGUUCCGGUAUACUCUGAAGGAACUGACCAUUGUGUGGUUCAUGUAUGGAGGUAGUGACUUCUCUGACACACCUGUACCACAGAAUCCAAUACAAAAAGAGGUGCCAGUGUCGCAGAAACUGGUGGAUUAUGGUGACUAUGUGACAGAGCCUUCAAUGCGAUUUACCUCUAAAGGGGCCUCAGUGGAUCGUAUCCCAUGGCAGCAUCGGGGAGGACUAGGGAGGGACCACAACACUUUGAUGGAACUUCAGUUGACCAAGGUGAGAUUCCAGCAUGAUACUUAUCCCAGUCACACGGAGCAAGCCUCACGUCAGGUGCUUGUCAUCAGUGAUAUGGAGAUCAGGGAUCGUCUAGCCGACUCCAAAAUCAACAAAUUUCUGUAUCAGUACUCCUCUGAACACAUGCCUAAACAAACCAACUCCAACAUGGUGUACAUUAAAGCAUUACACAAGCGACCGGAUCCCAGUGUGAAGACAGAGGAGUGCUCAUUACGUGUAUCUUUACAGCCUCUCAGACUAAACAUUGAUCAGGAUUCAUUGUUCUUCCUGAAGAAAUUUUUCGUAGAAAUAGCUGGAGGGAACCUGGAUAAUGCAGUUGACCCUGACACCAACCAAAGGUCAAGGUCAGUCUCUGGAGCCAGUGGUACCCCUGCACCAGUCAUAACAGUUGGUCAGCAAGACAGCCCAGGAGAUGAGGGUAAUCCCCAGGAACUGUUGAUGAAAUUUGAUGAGAUGCAGCAAAGCAUGGGAAGUCAAGGAUCUCUUUCAUCUGCCAAUUCUGUUGCGAGUAGUGACCCAGAUCGGUUGGAACAUUCACAGCCAGUUUUUAUCAAAAACUUCAUAUUUUCCCCUGAUGUGCCAAUUAGACUUGAUUACCAUGGAAAGAAAUGGGUUAACAGGGAACAUGGAACAUUGACUGGUGUUUUGGUGGGAUUAGCUAACUUGAAUUGCUCCGAGUUGAAGCUGAAGAGACUUAAUUAUAAACAUGGCCUCCUGGGCCUAGAUAAGCUACAGGCCUACUGUGUCAAUGAGUGGAUCACAGACAUCUUAAAAACACAGCUCCCCAGCAUUCUGGGAGGUGUAGGACCAAUGCAUUCAUUUGUACAAAUAGCUCAGGGCAUCCGGGAUCUUUUUUGGCUGCCUGUGGAACAAUACAAGAAAGAUGGUAGAAUUGUUCGAGGGUUCCAGAGAGGGGCAACAUCUUUUUCCACCUCCACUGCCAUGGCAAUGUUAGAACUGACCAAUCGAAUGGUUCAGUCUGUGCAGUAUGCUGCUGAGGUAACUUAUGACAUGGUUACCCCGGGACCCAGCUGUAGAGUUCAGCGCCGUCGGUUACGAGGUCCACCUACUGAUGUCAGAGAAGGAGUAGAAAAUGCUUACAUCGCCAUCAAAGAGGGAUUCAGCAAUACAGCUUACAAUAUUGUAGAGGUAGCAACAAAAGAGCACCAACAAAAAGGUAUGACAGGGGCUGUAGGGGCAGCCAUUAGACUGGUUCCUCCAACAGUUCUCUCCCCAGUCAUCAUAGCAACAGAGGCCACAUCCAAUGUCCUGGGAGGCAUGCGGAAUCAGUUGCAACCAGAUGCUCGGAAAGAAGAUGAAGAGAAAUGGAAAGGGAACCAGACUUAGCACUAGCUUGGUUUGCCAUGGUAGCCAAUGAGAAAAGGAUGACCAAAUUCAUCUGCUCUAAGUGCAAUAACAAUUGAUUUCAUAUACUUCCCGGUGCUUUGUGCCAACAAGGGAAAUAUAGAUGGUAACCCACAUCUAUUCAUUUUGUUUCAUUCAAGUCCUACAUAACUAGUAUGCUGAGCUGGAUAUUAAACAAUAUAUUCUUGUGAAGUGGUACCUAUAAAGGUACUCUAUGAUGUCAAUAUAUCUAUGAAUACAAGCAUGCAUGGUACAAUAAUUAAUUACAUUGUUAAAAAAAAUUCCUCUUGGGACUACUUUUUAAGAUGUAAAGUCCAUAACUGAUUAAUUUUUGUAAAUGUUCUUUAAAAAUCUAAACAAAAUUUCAGAAAUAUUUGAAUUUCCAAUGUUUUUGCCUUUGAUAUCUUUACAAGUUGUUAGUUUGUUCAAAUCAAACAAAUUGUAAUGAUAGACAUUUCCUCAUGAAUAUGCAGUAGUUGUGAGCAAUGCGCAUAUGAAUCUUGAUAAAUAUAGUACAUCACAAUUCAUACCCUCAUGUCUUUUCAAAAAAGAAAUUUAUUUCUUAAAUAUCCACUUGAAUGAUAUCAGAUAAAAUUAAACCUGCUCUUUGAAGGACAGAGAAAUCAUUUCAGCUCUGGCCUAUUGAAUGUACAUAUCUACUAGACUAGUCUGCCCUAUUCAUGGCCCUAGUUAGCUACAGAGCUUUCCAUUGCAAGAUUUAUAUGAUUGGUUGUUGUCAGUCAUGUGACUGAUCAUGUGGUGUACUCUAAUGAUGUGAAGUUGGGUUUUUUUCUCUAUUUGAUUUGUUUGCAACAUUUGUACUUUAUAAUACCAGCGCUACUGGUGUGAACAGUAUGUAAGUAAAAUAUGUGUGUGAAAUGAAAAAAGGUUUACAGUGAUACAUUCAUAUGUGAUAAAUUUUUAUUAUUCAAUAAAUUACAGAAACUGUCUUCAA